GUAAGAGGCUCAUCGGGGGGGACGACCGGCCGGAUCGGGGUCCCCGGGCUGCGCUCGGGCCGGACUGGGCGGGAGGAGCCGAGCCGGGCGAGCCUGCCCCCGCGCCCCGGUGCGCCGCGCCCGCUCUGCCCCCCGGGGAAGGAUGGGACUUCUGUGGUGUGUGAUGAGUCUCUCCUUCUAUGGGAUCCUGCAGAGUGAUGCCUCAGAACGCUGCGAUGACUGGGGACUAGAUACCAUGAGGCAGAUCCAAGUGUUUGAAGAUGAGCCAGCUCGCAUCAAGUGCCCACUCUUUGAACACUUCUUGAAAUACAACUACAGCACAGCCCAUUCAGCUGGCCUUACUCUGAUCUGGUAUUGGACGAGGCAGGACCGGGACCUGGAGGAGCCAAUUAACUUCCGCCUCCCUGACAACCGCAUUAGUAAGGAGAAAGAUGUGCUCUGGUUCCGACCCACCCUCCUCAAUGACACGGGCAACUAUACCUGCAUGUUAAGGAACACUACAUAUUGCAGCAAAGUUGCAUUUCCUCUGGAAGUGGUUCAGAAAGACAGCUGCUUCAAUUCCUCCAUGAAACUCCCACUGCAUAGACUGUAUAUAGAGUACGGUGUUCAGAAGAUCACAUGUCCAAAUGUAGAUGGAUUCUUUCCUCCCACUGUCAAACCAACUAUCACUUGGUACAUGGGCUGUAAGAAAAUAAAAAACUUUAAUAAUGUGAUACCUGAAGGCAUGAACUUGAGUUUUCUUAUAGCCUUGGUUUCAAACAAUGGAGAUUACACGUGCGUUGUUACAUAUCCAGAAAAUGGGCGUAUCUUCCAUCUGACUAGGACUCUGACUGUAAAGGUGGUAGGCUCUCCAAAAGACGCAUUGCCUCCUCAGAUCUAUUCACCAAAUGAUCUUGUGGUCUACGAGAAAGAACCGGGAGAGGAGCUACUCAUCCCCUGUACAGUCUAUUUUACUUUCCUGAAGGACGCCCGCAAUGAGGUUUGGUGGACCAUUGACGGAAAAAAGCCAGACGACACCAGUAUUGAUGUAACUGUUAAUGAAAGUGUAAGUUUGACUGCAACUGAAGAUGAAAUGAGAACUCAGAUUUUGAACAUCAAAAAAGUUUCUGCUGAGGAUCUCAAGCGUAACUAUGUCUGUCAUGCUAGAAAUGCCAAAGGAGAGGUUGACAAAGCAGCCAAGGUGAAGCAGAAAGCUCCAAGAUACACAGUGGAAUUAGCAUGUGGUUUUGGAGCUACAGUCCUGCUGGUAGUGAUUCUCAUUGUUGUUUACCACGUUUACUGGCUGGAGAUGGUCUUAUUUUACCGGGCUCAUUUUGGAACAGAUGAAACCAUUUUAGAUGGGAAGGAAUAUGAUAUUUAUGUAUCUUAUGCAAGGAACGCAGAGGAAGAAGAGUUUGUGUUACUGACCCUCCGUGGAGUUUUGGAGAAUGAAUUUGGAUACAAGCUGUGCAUCUUUGACCGUGACAGUCUACCUGGGGGAAUUGUCACAGAUGAGACCUUGAGCUUCAUUCAGAAAAGCAGACGCCUCCUGGUUGUCCUAAGCCCCAACUACGUGCUCCAGGGAACCCAAGCCCUCCUGGAGCUCAAGGCUGGCCUAGAAAACAUGGCCUCUCGGGGCAGCAUCAACGUCAUUUUAGUACAGUACAAAGCGGUGAAGGAGACGAAGGUGAAAGAGCUGAAGAGGGCUAAGACGGUGCUCACGGUCAUUAAAUGGAAAGGGGAGAAAUCCAAGUAUCCACAGGGCAGGUUCUGGAAGCAGCUGCAGGUGGCCAUGCCAGUGAAGAAAAGUUCCAGGUGGUCUAGAAGUGGCGAGCAGGGUCUCUCCUAUUCAUCCUUGAAAAAUGUAUGAGGGACAACGAAAGGGGUCAGAGGAACCAAGGGCACUCCAGAAAGGAAGAAUUCCUUUUCUUGAUUCCCAAUGUAUUGGUUCACAGACAGAAAAGAAUGCUGUUGAAGCCUCCCCAUAGGGAUAAAUCCAGAAUGACUGUAUAACUGGUUGUUCUGCUUCCUCAGGCAAUACUAAGGUUUAGAAUGGUGGUGCCACCAGUCUGUCACCAUCAGACCAUCUGACGUCACUAUGUUCUUCACAGGCAAAGACUUGGUUGAUGCAAAUUUCCCCUUUCUACAUCCUCUGUCCCUGCUCCCACGUCUCUAAUCCCGCUUCCUCUCUCAUUUUUUUUUUUAUCUUAACACUCUUUGGCAGACUUUUGCUGUGAAUUCCAAGACCCCUAAAGAUAACUCGUCUGUUAGCAAGGUCAUUAUGAGUCUCCAAGUCAUUUUCUUUGUAUUUUCACUCAUAAGUUAAAAAGGUAAUCAGUGCCCAAAUGUAUUUGAGCUGAUGAUAACAGGCUUUUUUGCUCAUUCUGCUGUGCAGUGUGCAUUCACAGCCAGGUUGACACCCACAUAGGACACCACGAAGCAGUAUAACUGGAAAGUGUUCCUUAUGAUGGUUUUAAAGGACUUACAUGCAUUUUCUCCUGCUAAAUCCCUCGUGCCCUCCAUCUUGGUCAUUAAUGUCAUAUUUCUCAAUUUGAAAAACCUACCAUAUUUUUUUUUAUUUCAGUAAACUGGAUAUCUGCAGGUCGACCCAUAUUUGUCACUUCAUCUUCCCUAUCUCCUGUACCCUGUAUCAACCAUUUAGAGUUUGCAGAUGGUUCCACACUUGGUUUGGUCUGACAGGAAGCUUCUAAUGGUGCUAAGAGAGAGUAAAAUAACAGCAAAAUGCUUUUAAGGCAUUUUCUGGCUUGUGAGAAAAAGCACAGAACAGGGUGUUCAACUAUUUGUCUCUUCAUCUCAGCCUUGCUAAUGUGAAUAUUAGGAAAGUGAUUUCUCCUCACUUGCUUCUAUCUCUCCAUUGUAAAGUGUGGAAGUUAGACUCAGUGACCUUGUGAGUUGCUUUUAGCAUUAAUAUUCUAAGAGAAUUAACUGGACCACACAGUAUUUCCAAUAUUUUAUUCGUGGAUACAGUUAAUACACUCACUCCAAACAAGUCAGUCUGAAAAGUCUCUUCCAUGAAACUUGUUUCACUUUGUUUUAAAUAAAAUUGUACUGUUCUUAA